AUAAUUCUUAUGGACGGACAAUUUUGGCGGGUAAUUAAGAAAAAUUCACGCAAGGUUGUUUACAAAAAUAAUUCUGAAAACGUUGCAAUGUCAUCUGCACUUGAUGUUUUAGAAGGGUUGGAAAAUGAUAGUGGCGAUGACGAAGAAGCGAUGACAGCAGCUGACGUUCUUCAAAAGUUGGAAGAGGCAUGGCUGAACGAAAAAUUUGCUCCAGAAUUACUGGAAACUAGAUCAGAUUUAGUAGAAUGUAUGCUUGAACAGAUUACGCAGAUGGAAGAUAACAUUAGACGAGCUAAGAAAGGAGACUUUAAAGUCAGUCUACAUAGUAUGGAGAUUGAUCGUAUAAGAUAUAUCCUAAGUAGUUAUUUAAGGUGUAGAUUACAAAAGAUUGAACGAUAUACAAACCAUAUCUUAGAUGAGGCAGAAGAAACCUUAAAGAAAGAGGAUGCAACAAAACUUUCGGACGAGGAGCUUAAUUUUGCUAGGGAGUAUGCUCAAAACAUGGAAAGUCAUCUACAAGCUCUAGCCCUCAGGCAUAUGCCACAAAAUUUACAGUCGCUGAACAAUAAACAGACAGCAUCAAGGCCAAAUUUGGACAAAUAUGUGUUUUUACGUGUCAACGAGUCGACUGAUGGUGUUUUAGUAGAAGAGGAGACAUUAGACACUGGGGAGGAGAUUGUUGAUUUAGAAAAAGGUGAUCAACAUAUAAUGCGAUACCGUCCAAUGAUGUCACUUGUCAAUUCCGGCGCAGUUUCCUUGAUAUGACAUGACUGGUUACAUUUUUAUUGAAGAUCAGAGGGAAAAGAAAUGAAAAAAGGCGGAAAGGCUGAUAAGUGACAAUUUGGAAGAGUGAUCAAUGUUGAAAAUCUAAAACACUGAAUUAUAUGAUAUAUUUUACAAUCUAAGCGGUAAAUUGCGCAUCUUGUGCAUGCGUAACAGCUGUGCGAAAAUAACAUUGUUGCAACAUUGUACAGUGUCUGGAACAUAUUAUCAUAACAUUUCAGCUGAUAAGGAAAAUAUUGAGAAUGAAUCAUAAACUUUAUCAUGGAAAAUUGCUACCUGAAAAUUGUUUACUUACUGUAUAUCUCUGUUAGAGAGCACUAUUAUAAUAAAUUGUUGAGCAAAAAUA